AUGUCGAACGAACAGCUCAUCACCAUCUCUUACCAAGAUCGCGUUGCGGUCGUCACUCUCAACCGACCUGAUAAGUUAAACGCCCUCAACCAAGACCUCUACUACCUCCUCGCCGAGCGUCUCCGUGAGAUCGAUCAGCGUGAAGAAAUCUUCAUCACCGUCCUCACAGGUACUGGCCGCUUCUUCUCGGCCGGCGCAGACGUAACAAGCUCUCGACCAAACGGCGACCUAGCCGGCAAUGGCCGCCGCGAGCUAGUUCGUGGCUUCGUCGCCAACAACGUCGACGUAACCCGCACCUUCUACACCCACUCCAAAAUCCUAGUCGUAGCCCUGAACGGGCCAGCCGUCGGCCUUUCCGCCGCACUAGUUGCCCACGCAGACUUCAUCUAUGCAGCACCGCACACAUUCAUCCUAACACCCUUUUCAUCCCUCGGUCUUGUAGCCGAAGGCGGUGCGAGCCGCGCUUUCGUCGAGAGACUCGGUAUCGCUAAGGCUAAUGAGGCGCUUAUUAUGAGUAAGCGGAUUACCUGUGAGGAGCUUGUUGCUGCGGGCUUUGUGAAUAAGGUGUUUACGCCUGCCUCUGGUAAUAAGGAGGAUUCGGAUGGAUUCCUCAAGCUUGUUCUUGAGGAGGUUGAGGAGCGCCUUGGGACGCAUUUGAACCAGUCUUCCUUGCUUAAGAUUAAGGAGCUUGUGAGACGGCCUGAGAGAGAGCUUUUGGAUCGUCAAAAUGGGCUUGAAGCUUUCAUGGGACUUGAGCGGUUUAUGAUGGGGUUACCGCAAGAGGAGUUUAGGAAGUUGGCUUCUGGUGAGAAAAAGCAUAAGCUUUAG